GAAUCCCUCAACUGCUCAGACGUUUACCACUUGAUCUGAAUAAAUACACAUCAAGUAACAAUGAGUUUAUUGUGACCUUUAUUCUAGGAUUUAAGACAAUUAUAGGACAAUUACAGGAGGUGAUCAAUCGUGAAAAUAUUCGAGCUAGUCACUGGGAUUGACUGGGGACUGACUGAGAGGUUGAUAAGCCUGUGAUUCGAUGGAGGGAUUAUGUUCACACUCACUAUUAUAUUUUAAGUUUGUUCAGUUGCAACCAAAAAUUAAAUCUAGUAAAUGACAAACUCGGGCCAGCUACAUUUAAGUACACGUAUUAUGUAUAAAAGCUUCGGAGAUAGCAAGUUAAAGGAUCCAGUUGUAAUGCUGAGUUGAGUCAAAAUUCGGAGCCUGCUAAAGUACUUAACGCCGUUAAAUUCCAGUUGAAAUUACGCUAUUAUUAUUUAGCGCCGUUGAAUUCCAGAUGAAAUUACGUUUCCAAGAAGUAAUUCAGCCAGCUCGAAUAGGCUUUUCACCAUGUUUUCACGCUAAAAUACGUAUAAAGAUCUUAAAACGAUACUAUUUGUGCUCUCGUUCUAGUUUCCCGAUAGCCGCCAUCUUGUUUUUGCUUAGCCCCGACAGGUGCUAUGACGUCAAGAUUAUCUACCGCUGGUCCGUAAAAGAGAAACAAACAGCCUCAUCGGAAAACUACUGCAUUCCGACAAAGCUCCUAGGGGAAUUGUACCGCAAGCUGCGAUUCUACUGCACCAAACAUUUGGUUGACAGGCCAUUGCCUAAGAUAGGUGGGCCGCACCACCUCUGCAAAUGCGACGAGAGUAUGUUCACGUAUAAACAGAAGUAUGGUAGAGGCAGAGUUCCACAAGUAAAAAACUCUGUGUUUGGCAUCAUGACUACAGAAUAUAGACCAUGUAGAGGUAUUUUCCAAGUAGUCCCCCGCCGCCCAAGAGCAACUCUCACACCCAUCACCCAAAAUGCGAUUGCACCUGGCAGCACAGUACAAACCGAUAAUUACCCCGCCUAUCGGAACCUCGAACGUCACUAG